UUACAAAUUUACAAUCAUGACUUACUAGUCCACAAACCCAUUCCUUUACUUUCCUCUCAACCUUCUUCCCCACCUUAUUGCUCCUUCACCCUCCAACACUUUCUUCUGCGCCUCCACCUCACUUUUGCUUUCUCAAAUCAUUUCUACUUUCUCUAUAUUAGCCCCACACACACUCCACCACUACCAAUAUAUAUAUAUAUACUUUUGCUUGAACUUCAACAUUCAACAAAAAAGCAAGAGAGGAGAAGAAAGUGUCUCAAAAGAAGAACUAGAACAUGGAAAAUAUUUUAUUUUACUAUCUAAUAUUUCUCUUCCUCAGUCAAAUCCUAUGUUCAGGUUCAAGUAGGACAGAAAAUGAAGAAACAAGACAUGUCAAUGUAGAAAGACAAGAAUUUAGUUCUACUGUCCAAAAGGAUAUUACCACUCCAAUUACUACCAUACCAACAAUCUCAACACCUCCAUUUUUCAACCCUAAUUCAAAUCCAGAUACAGUUUCACCAACUUCCACAUUUCCAUUUACAACUCCAAACACAGUGAAUUCUUUUCCAAUCUCUUCUGGUUCAAGUUGGUGUGUUGCAAGCCCAAGUGCUUCGUUAAUUGCUUUACAAGUUGCGUUGGAUUACGCUUGUGGAUACGGUGGCGCUGAUUGUUCAGCAAUUCAACCUGCUGGAAGCUGUUACAAUCCGAAUUCUAUUCAUGAUCAUGCUUCUUAUGCGUUCAAUAAGUAUUAUCAUAGGAAUCCUUUGCCAAAUAGCUGCAAUUUUGGUGGAACUGCUGUCAUUACUAGCACUAAUCCAAGCAUUGGAACAUGUCAAUAUCCAUCCACAAGUACAAGUUCAUCAAUCUUGAACACGACAAACUCAAGUGGUGCCAAUGUCUUUGGUUCUGUCCCAGCGCCCACCAAUCCCUCUCCCUCUGCAGCCCCUCACACAUUUAACAGCUUUUCACAUUUUUGUAUCAUUAUAUGGAUAAUAUCAUUUCUGGAAAAUAUAUUUUCCAAAAUAUCCAAUUUUGAAAAAUACAUGGAUGAGACAAUAUAUAAACAAAUUUGAUUUUUAAUUCAUUUAGUAACUAAUAUAUCUUGUAAGUUGUAUGUAUAUACUAUAUUAGAUCCA